AUGUCAAGCAUCGGCAAGCUGAGCGGCAAGGUGCUGCUGGCCGAGCACCUCGUGUUCGUGCUGAUGCUGUUCUGGUGGUUCACAGUGUGGCUGCUCGGCGUAGCGCGCCGCCUGGCGGCCCAGAAGCCGAAGCAGCCCCUCGAGGCGCUCAAGCAGAUCCAGCGCUUGGGUGACGAGAUCAGGGCGCUCGAGGGCCCAGUGGCGGCGCUGAGCUGGCCGGACGUCAGGGAGGCGCCUGCCCCCUCCAUGGACAUGUCAAAGCUGGAAGAUGGGCAGGUAGCGGCGCAUGUGGAUGCGCGGGGCGCCAUAUAUCGGUUCAAGCUGCAUGGGGAUGUGCACGUGAAUAUGUACUACACCAAAGCAGGCCACAUGCGAAGCGGUGAUCUGCACGACAGCAACCAGUAUGACGUGAGCCGCUAUCAAUGA